AUGAUGAUGAAAUCUUUGAAUACAACAAUUGAAUAUGAAAAUCAGGGGGAUUCUUAUGUCUCGUUCUAUGAAUAUCCACACCGUCGAUCGUUGAUUAAUUCACGAUUUCAAGCAGAAAUUGUCGCUUUACCAACAUCGAAUCGUGAUGAAUUAAUUGAUUCAUUAGAAUCAUUGGCGUUGAAAAUAAAAACACUUGAAAACCAACGAAAACAGGCUGAGCGUACAUUUCAAGAAAUUACAGGAAAAUGUACCCAACCAACGAGAAAUUCUGUUCGUUCAAGAACACCGGAGGAUAUUCGAGUUUCCUCGUCCUUCAAAAUCCAAAACAAUGGUAAAAAUAAACGAACCUCCCAGCAAAAUCACUCAGAUACUCCGUUCAUUCUCGGUAAAUCUACCACGCCAAGUCACAAUGUCAAAUCCAAUAUUCAAACUGUCAUCGCAUUACUAAAAUCUCAUAAUCAUCAGUUGUGUUUAUCGUCAAAAGAAUACGUAAAAAAUCUUCAGACUCAUCGGAAAAAUCAUUUAACUUCCCAUGAUCUUCUGUAUCUUGACCAUUAUAAGAAAACGUCUGUGUCACCUGGACGAUGCGAUUCAACCAGAAAAUCUCAACAUCAUUCUCGAAUCGAACAUCUUUUGAAUGAAUAUAUCAAAUUAUUUCGUAAACAAACGAAAUUCAAUUUGUGUAAAACGAAUUCACAGGAAUUGAAUAGCUUAAAUGAAAAGAUGGAAACUAUUUUAGACGAAUUAAAGUAUCUUCACAGUCAAAACAAAGGUGAAACAUGUGGAAGAUCAAAACUAUUUCAAAUGAUUCUUAAAGAAAAAUAA